CGGAACGACAGAUGUCGACGUUCGAUCAUUGGCUGGAUAGCUGGUUUUGUUCCCCUCAUAAACCGUUCGGGUUUCAGCGUCUGGAGUACAACUUCCUGUACAGCGAAGAACUGCCCAUCUAUCGCCGAUCGCGUUUCUACUUCACCGAUUUUUUGCUAAGGCAGACGAAGAUCCCUCAGCAGUUGCUUCAAAGUGGUUUGGCACUACGUGGCGGCGACGUUUUCGGGCAACGAGAAGUGCUGGAAAGUUUCCCCGCUCUGUAUUCUCUUCUUGUUCACCGGUUACUUCCGAAACGCUUCUACUACAAGCAUCCCGGUCCCGGCGUUGAGACCUUCCUGGAAAACAGCAACCGGGGACGCUGUGUGCGCCGUGAUCCGUCUGCCGCGAAGGUUUGUGAAUGUUUCUGUCCCUACCGCGGCCCCUUGUGCCAGUACGAGGAACGUCGCAGCGAGGCCUUUGACGCCAAAUUUCCCACGAACCAGAACAAACACGUGAUUUACUACCUCCUCGACCACGGGGACGACCAUUUGUGGGAGCUUCAGCACGCUCUGCAAAAUUUGUGGGAUAACUUUAACCGCUAUUUCGAUUACCCUGUCGUUAUUUGGCACGUAGGAAUCGACCGCGACGUCGAACUUGAGUUUUUAAACAGUGGUGGGGCCGGGCAAGUCUUGCUGGACGACGCAAACUCGGCAAAUGCGGACUUCGCGGCCUGGCGGAAGAAGCGUGAGCGCGCGCGAAAAGCAGAGGAGAGGCGCAAGAAAGCAGCACAGAGCACUGGCGACGAUUCUUCAUCUUCAAAAGCUGGCUUGUUAUCCGCGCGUGACCAAAUCAGUAUGAAAGGGUUUUCGAGCCAGACAAUUCGCGACUCGGGUCUCCAGAUCGAGAAUGAAAAGCAGGACCGCGAAAUCGACGCACUCCUUGUCAAUGCGGGAACACCGAAAACCCAAGUCGAAGCGUACAUGGAGCGAAGGGAAGAGGAGGAGCUUUUCAUGCGAGAACAACAACAAGCAGUUAUGAGGACACCGUCACCGUCAGAAGAAACAAGUAGUGGAAGAACAAAGGCAAAACUACAUUCGGGCACGACUGGAGAUCAGGAGACGGCCGCAGCGGAAGACGAGUAUGUACUACAGCAGAUGAAGCGACUUGCGCAUUUCGGCUACAUGGAGCACAAUUCUGAGGCUCGGGUCUUGUCUUUCCGAGACGCGGAUGAGUUUUAUGAAGAGGCAAAGGCAAUGCGCGAGAGUCCGCAGCCAGCGGGGAUGAUAUUUUAUCAACCCCGUGGCAGUCGGGCGCAGCAGCAGCACAAGUCAGUCGGAGCAGACGUGAAAAGCGGCGAUCCCGCUGAAACGGCUAGAAAUCGGAUAUCACUUCUGGAUAUCGUGGCAAGAUCAUCAAAUCGGAUUUGGUUGCACCUCCGAGAGAAGCCAGAGAUGCCUAUUUUGCCGAACAUGGACAGGGACGACCAUCAUCGCAGCUAUCCCUGGCUUGAAAUGAUACACUUUCGGUCCGGACCGCUCUACUUAUGAUAGGAUAAAUAUAGUUAGUAGCAGGAGAUUUUGUUUUUUUCUCUGGGGAUUUUUGGAGUGAAGAUGGUACGCUUUGAUAUAACGACUUUAUUGCCCAACUUUUGGAAUUUUUUCCUCCUUCAUUUUACUUGACGAACGUGAUGCAACGCUUCCACCUGUCGUGGUGGCUCGACACAGACGCUUACUUCCCCAAUGACGCGAAAGGGUAUGAUCCGUUCACAGAUUUCGAGCAUAAAAACAAUGUGCUUCAGGAUCGGAGUCGGAGACACUUUUUACGGAAUCAUCUAGAAGACUUUCUGCAACAAGUGGAAGCGGAAGCGUCCAGGGCAGGUGUAGGCCGAGGGGAAGAACCUCCACGAAAUGUACGAGGAAAAGGUACUACCGGGCGUCCUGAGGGAGGAGAUCAACACGACCAGAGUAGAGAACAGUUGCGUUCGCGUGCCAAAGAACUUUUUGUAGAUCAUGUGAACGAGUUCGUUGCUGAUCUGGAGAUGGCAUGGGGAUACAAGAUUUUGUAUCGGUCUGCGCGUACGGCAGCACUGCAACAAUUGUGGGAAAUCACGAACUUCUGGUCUCUUCAGCACAGACACUUGAUGGAGCACAAGCUUUUCAACUACCCUAACCGACAAUUGAGUCUUCCGAUGCAACAGCUGAACGGUCCUCCAGCGCGGGAACUACGCGAGGAAACAAAGAGACAACGACGUGCAAAAGCUGCAGACGAGGGAAAGAAACAGAAAAAUGCCAUGAGUUCGUCUGCUAGGAGCGCUGGUGGAGGUGAAAUAUUAAACAAGACAGAUGGAGAGUACGCCCUGGCAGCCCACGAGACGCCAGAAGAACUGGAUAGCGGGGGAAAGCAGUCCAAGGACUUUCAGUCACUUUUUGACCAGGUUGUCGUCAUCACCUUCGAAUAUCCUCAGGGAAACGCGCUAUCUGGUGCCUGCGUCAUGCCCAAUGCUAUCACGAACAGUCGAUACACGGGCGCCCCGGACACGCUCUAUCAAAUAUGAAUGCGCCUUCGUAAUAAAGAUAGACUUUCAUAUUGACUCGGAUUACUCCAAUAUGUAGAAGUAGAUCUAGUAGAAAGAUCUUCUACUUGUAGGGGUAGAAGAUAGAAAUAUUUCUACUUCUUGGUAGUUGUUCUAAUGACCCGUUAUGUGAAGUACUUGAACAACUUGCAUGGCAUGCUGCAAAUCCAUGGUUGGGGCGACCACAUUGUGCAGACAAUCGGAUUUGCGGUUCUCUUUCGGCCUUUAGAGGUUGCUCUGAACCACACGCUGGUUUGGAACAUGACUCGGCUUCCUUACGCCCACCAGCACUUUGUGGAUUGCGUCGGUGAUGAGCCAGUAAAAGUAUGGGAUCCAGAUACAGGUGAUAUCUGGGAGUUCCGAUGGCGUUUUGAGCGGUCGGCUUUCGCGCGGAACAAGAGCGCGGAGGAUGUCAUAGAUCGCGAGUACAACAGUCGAGAGAAAUACAUCUCCAUGCAGCAGGACGAUCUGGUAGUACGCGGAACGCUUAAUGUGGACUACUUGCAUUUCUUGCCAGAAAAAUGGAACUGGCGAAAGCCAUUUUUUGCUUGCAAGCCAUCAGUUAAGGCCUGCGACAUCCAAUUAUUUUCAUCUCUUGGAGGUAGUGAUUUUCUAAGAGUAAGUAACACCGCGUAGGUAACAAAUACUUCGUGGCAUUAGAGUAACACUAUCUAUCUAUGUAUCUAUGUAUCUAUCUAUCUAUCUCUCUAUCAUGCACAACUGAAACGGACUCGUCUUCUGCAAGAUUCUAAGGUAGAGGACAAGAAAGCGGCGGCGACAGGACGCAGUAGUGGGGGUUAGCGAGCAGCUGGAGAGGACACAUCAAGCGUCGUUGGAAAGAGUAUAAUGAUCCCAACGGGGAUGCUCAGAGGUUGUACCUAGACGUAAAUAAUAGAUGAUAUUAUACUAGACUACGCCGCCGAUCGCGAGCCUAGGAUGUUUUUUGUUUCAAAUCUAACGAGCAGAUGCUUUGAUAGAAUUCACACUAUGACUAUGUUAGAGAUUGUAUCCAUCGAUCUAUCCUGUUCUUAUCACCUGCAGCACAUGAUCAAAACUAGUGGGAAAGUUAUCGUCUUUACACUUGCAUACCUUGGCGAAUUAGUGGAGCAGCGAGUUUAGCAGUAUAAGGAUGUUGAUGAUCUCGCACUUCGGAAGCAGCGCGUGUCUUUUCUUACAAGUAGAACGCUCUUGGUCGUCUGUGUGGUCUUAUCGGUUUUGUUCUUGAAAGAUGAUGAUGGUUGAAAAAGGUGGUGCUGACUGAAGAAGACGCUGAAGAAAAGGAUGAGAGGAGAAAGAAGAACGUAACACAAGUCUCGACGAAGUUAUCAUUUGACACGGAUCGGAAUUAUUAGUACCUUCAAAAGAUCGAUGUAAGAACACUACUAGCAUAGCGGGCAAUUUGCGCCUGCGUCAUGGGUACAAACAAAUGUAUAAAUUUCUACUAUAAUCGUUCGUGCUCAUUUAGGGCUAGAGAGGUUCAAAAUGAUCCGCAGUCCUCCAGCGAAGUGGACAAUAAUACAAAAGAUUCCAU